UAAAAUCCCAUUCUCCCAUUCCGUAUUUGGCAUCACUUCAUUUCACUGCAAUGGAAAGAACUCAAAUGCAUAGGCAAGUUGCUAACACUCGCAAAUCCCUUUUCGAUCAGGGAUAUCUCGAUGAACAAUUCAUACAAUUGGAGGAGUUGCAAGACAAUUCUAAUCCUAACUUUGUAGAGGAAGUUGUCACGUUGUUCUAUCGUGAUUCUGCUCGUUUUCUCUCUAAUCUCGAUCAAGCCUUGGAAAAAAGGCCUUUGGAUUUCAGUAAACUAGACAGCUUGAUGCAUCAGUUUAAGAGUAGCAGCACUAGCAUUGGAGCCAAGAAGGUUAAAAUUGAGUGCACCCACUUCAGAAAUUAUUGCAAUGCUAGAAAUGCUGAAGGAUGCAAAAGGACCUACCAAAAUGUCAAGAGAGAGUAUACAACUCUCAGGAAGAAGCUUGAAGCUUAUUUUCAGAUGUCAAGACAAGUUGGGCCUAUUGAGACGGCAUGUCGGCCCAGGUAGAAGCUUUGGACUAUCAAUGGAGGUGAUCCAGUAGUGGACUAGUAACCCAUUGGGCCUCACGUAGUAGUAGACUAGGAGUGGUAUUGUUAUCAUAAAACGAGGCCUUACAUGAAUGAAAUACUAGUUUUUCGUU